UCUUCCUCCGCCGCUGCUGCAGCCUGACUCUGACACAACCGGCAUGUCUGCACACUGAGAGCCGCGCACUACCACACAAUACCUCCGUUUGGACGCACAACUUGUGAUUUCUUUUUCCCCGCCGACGAAGAAGAAGAUAGGAGUGCUUGUAACCCGCUGCUGCUGCUACGAAGACUUGGAGGUGGAUCCAAACAAGGUCUGUCCCUGAUAACGUGACCGGUGAAGGAAGAGAACACAGAACUGCUUCAUCAUGAAUUUUGUAAUGAAAGCUGCGCUGGGAGGAGGUCCUCCAGAUGUGGGCAAGAUGCUUGGUGGAGAGGAGAAGGAGGAGGACCCCGAUGCAGCCAAGAAGGAGGAGGAGAGGCAGGAGGCCCUGAGGCAGCAGGAGGAGGAGAGGAAGGCCAAGUAUGCCAAGAUGGAGGCUGAGAGAGAAAGAGUGAGGCAAGGCAUCAGGGAUAAGUAUGGCUUAAAAAAGCGUGAGGAGGCUGAGGCCGAGGCAGCCGCUGCGGCAGAGCAGCCUGCUGAGGGCAGCUUGACUCGACCCAAGAAGGCCGUGCCGGCUGGCUGCGGUGAUGAGGAGGAGGAGGAGAGCAUCAUGGACCAAGUGAUGAAAUACCUGCCAGGCCCACUGCAAGACAUGUUGAAGAAGUAGUCCAGUUAAUGCUAAUGUAAACUUAGCUUAGUCCAAGGGCUACAUUCACAGGACUGAGGUUAAAUCAGGGGUUUGUUGUGAUCAGAGCAUUAAAAAAGUGUAAGCAGCAGCGUAUACUGUAGCCAUUAGACUAAGCUAGGCCAGGUGGACGUUAGCUUGACAGAUGCUAACCUUAGCUAUGUUACAACAACAAAGCUAACAGCAAGCAGAGGGGCUAAAAACACAAUGUUAGAUGGUUUAUCCUUCUAUUCUGAGCAGUUUUAAAUACCUUCCUCUCCUCUCUGUGGAAGCUGCUGAGCUUUCUCGCAGCACUGGAAAAUAAUCUCCCUCUUCACUCUUAUUUGUACAUAAAUGAAUACAUUAUAAGGCUCAAGAUGGGCAAACAAUCAUGAAAUAUAUGAAAAUAAUCUACUAACUGUGUGUCUGUCUCUAAAAUAAUAAUAAAAAUAUAUGUGAUAACUUGAUAAGCCAUAUUUUAAAAAGGAAAUUUAAAGACUAUUGUUGUGUGCUCCUAAAGCUAAUGUUUUGUGUUCGACCAUGUCUGAUAUUUAUGUCAAACUUUUGCACACAGUGUUACACUUUUCUCUUUCAGACCUGUCGUCUGUCUGUGUGACACACCCCAACGCCCCGACAUAAAGUGUGGUAACAUCCAUGUAGUGUAGUGUUAAAAAUGUUUCUAUUCCCCUGUUCAGUGCGUCUCCUUCUUAUGUCUUGCAUGCCAUUUGUCUGGACACGUUUGUUGUGUGGAUAUGUAUAAACUCACCCCCCUAUCCCUAGUUCUUUAUCAUGCAAAAAAUAUUAAGGCAAUAACUCCUAAGUUUGAGUGUGAUUGCACUUCCAUGUUGAUAUAACCUUUAAUAAUAUCAGUAGAAGAAAAAAUAUGUAUGCAUUCAGGACUUUUAAUUUACAGGAUUUUAGAGUUUUCCUUUUGUUAUUUCAUUGUUUUGAUGAAGAAUGACCGUGUAGCCGUUCAUACAACAGCCAAAACCUUAAGCUUUCAGCCAUAAAACCAGAACUUACAGUAUGUAUACUCUUACUAUCAGGAUCUACUACUAAGAAGGGGAUACUGAAUGAGUCUGUUUGAAUAAAUUUGCUAUCACUAAGUAUGAUUUGUGAGAUGUGGUUGGAGAUAUUAACGUGAAAGAGGACUAUUAGAGAAAGAAACCCCCUCCCCAGAUACACUCACAGUGAUGUGAAUAGUGCUGUAGAGUCACAGAUGUUUAAAAAUAAGAUACAAUGUGACGCUGUGUUCCACUUAUUGGUGGUUAAGAUGUGAGAAUGAGAGACAGACAGCGACCUGAUAUGCCAUGAGCAAUAAAGGAUGAUCAUGUAUGUUUCUGCCUGAACUUCAAUAAAAACUUAAAACCUUGUUCACAGACAUUA